AUGGCUCCAAAAGCCGAGAAGAAGCCUGCUACUGCCGGAAAAGCCCCAGCGACUAAAGCUCCAGCCGAAAAGAAGGAAUCCAAAAAAUCCACCGCAUCUGGCGAAAAAUCUAAGAAACGCAAGGUCCGAAAAGAAACUUAUUCAAGUUAUAUCUACAAAGUUCUCAAACAAGUACACCCCGACACCGGUAUUUCCAACAAAGCCAUGUCGAUUCUCAAUUCCUUCGUCAACGAUAUCUUUGAACGUAUUUCGGGUGAGGCUUCUAAGCUUGCUGCCUACAACAAAAGAUCAACUAUCUCCUCCAGGGAAAUUCAGACAGCUGUUCGUUUGAUCUUACCUGGCGAGUUAGCGAAACACGCAGUAUCCGAGGGUACCAAAGCCGUUACAAAAUACACCAGCUCCAAGUAA